AUGUAUGAUGUGUUAUGGGAGAUUGAAGCACGAAAGAAUGCCGCCACUUCCUACAAAAGGUGCCAAGCAAGUCAUUAAUAUUUCAAGCAAUAUUCCCCACGGGCCGUAGAGACAACGAAAAUAUAGAUAGGGACACAAAAACACAAGGAAAUAACUCCAUAACACAAAAACAACAAGAAAAAUACAUCUGGAAACCAUCUAAACAACAAAAAACGUAAAUUCUCAAUCUGUCAAGUAUUCAUGGGAAGUUGCCGAUUGUGACCACAUGAUGCGCUAGGCCUUCCCCAGUUCACUGAAAGACUGGGUUGGCUGGGCUUCAUCACCAUGCUCAGAAGUGUCCUCAGAUCCGGGGUGAUACUGGGAGGGAGACACGCCCCCCUGAGUCUACAUAGUAACGCGGUCUGCCUGAGUGGGAAGGAGAAAGCAGGAACACUCGCCUCCAGUUAUCGAAGGUUCUCCCACGCGGGAGGGAGUAGCAUCAUGAUCUUCAGACAGUUGUUUGACCGCGACUCCUGCACCUACACAUACCUCCUGGCUGAUCCAAACACCAAGGAGGCCGUGCUGGUGGACCCUGUGAUAGAGCUGGCUGAACGAGAUGCCAAGCUGGUCGCACAGAUGGGGCUCAACCUCAAAUAUGUUAUGAACACCCACGUGCACGCUGACCACAUCACCGGCACAGGGCCUAAAAAACUGGUGCCGUCCUGCCAGUCUCUCAUUUCAAAGGUGUCCGGGGCAAUAGCUGAUGUGCACGUCGACCACGGGGACCUGGUGAAGUUUGGGGAGCAGGAAUUGGAGGUGCGACAGACCCCGGGACACACUAAUGGCUGUGUUACUUAUGUGUGUCAUGGGGAAAAGUUUGCCUUGACUGGCGACGCACUGCUCAUCCGAGGGUGUGGCCGGACAGACUUCCAAGAGGGAUCUGCCGACACCCUAUAUAACUCAGUCCACUCCCAGAUCCUGAGCCUCCCUGACGACUUUGCUCUGUACCCGGCCCAUGACUACGUUGGACAAACGGUGACAUCUGUGGCAGAGGAGAAGGAGUAACCUCGACUGACCAAGAGCAAAGAGGAGUUUAUUGACAUCAUGAACAACCUUGGCCUGGCAUACCCUAGGAAGAUAGAUGUCUCCCUGCCCGCCAACAAGGUGUGUGGCCUGUACAACCUUCCUGAUGACUUGGCAGAGAAGCUGAAGGAUGAAUAGAAGUGAUGGCAGUGGCAGCGGUGUUGGUGUUGGCUGUGGUAGUGGUGGUGGUGGUGGAGCUGUGCCUUGGCAACGUUAAGCUGCUACUACACAGGACAUAAGAAAUAAAGGAUUGUAUUCUCAAACGCUUCUACUCCACACCUCUGCUACUUUCUAAAGGCUCGAGUUGAAGUGACACCAGGUUUUUGAGUGUGAUUUUUUAUUGCUUUGGUGAGAGAUUAGCAAGAUUUCUGCAUCAUUUAGCAGAAGAGACACACUUGAGAACUUGGUUAAUCAUCUCUGGCCUUUUUUAUAAACAAUUUCUGAUUCCUUGAGCAAAAGCUAUGAAAAACUACUCUUCCAAAAAAAAAAAAAAAAAAAAAAAUGGUAAGAAAAAGAGCAGAGCACCUUAUUUUGCAAUGAUUUCUCUUAAAAGUAAAGAAGCUUACUUAUGAAUAAAAAUGUGGAAACUGAACUCACUCUCUUCAGAUAUGCACUUGAGAUAAUCACUGAAUGGGAACAGCAUACAGCAGUGCCUCCCAAGCUUUUCUUGAGUGAGCACCACUUGGAGGUGUGGUACAGUCACUGUAUACCACCUGACUCCAGAAACACUCAACUCCAGCAAAUAUCAAAUUAUUCACAAGUAGAACACACAAAUUAACUAACAACAAGGAACACAACUCAGUAGUAUUACAUUGUUUCUUUUCCACCAGCUGAUCGAUUCCUGAUUAUCUUGUGUAAGGCAAUGAUAAUUUUUCUGUGAGAUGGAUUAAUUUAAUUUAACUAAAAAUUGCAUAUGAUCCUGAAAGUGCUCAUGUACCACUUGGAAUCACUGGAACCACUAGCUUAUAGAAACAGUCACUCUGAUAUCAUCCCUAGCUGUGUUGGUGGGAAGUGUUGGCUCAAGGGAACAUGUUCUGUGUAGUAGUGGUUGUAUGGCACCUGUGAUAAUAUUGUGAUGCCUAGAGGCUGCUAUGGGCUGGUUUGUUUAGCAUGAUGAUUACAACACUGAUGUCUUGCCUCCCAAUUUGUGGUGCUGAGAGUAAUGAUAUAUCUGUGUGUGUGUGGUUUUGACAUCUAGUAAGAAGAAAUGAGAACCCAUGACAGCCUUAAAAAUCUGCUGAGUGUUGAUGAUCAAGGGAAUGACAAGAGAAUUGGAGUGAGAAUAGAGAGUCAAAACAACAGCUAAGUGAUGGUACAAAUGAAACAGCGAGAGAAUAACCAUAUAUUGGCCUAUCCCUGAACACUAGAAUGGAGAAAGAAAAGAAGAAAUGUGUUUUUAUUUCAAAGUAAGCAAUCCAGAGAGAGAGAGAGAGAGAGAGAGAGAGAGAGAGAGAGAGAGGUUCCAUACUCGGAUAAGUGUUGAAAUGAGGGAGUGCAGGUGAAGAUGUGUGUGAAGGUGCCGUGAAGGUUUCUAUGGGAGUGUAAGGUGAAUGUGUUGUGUUGCCAUGUUAGCAUCACAGCCACAGCAGGUGAUGGGAGAAUGAGUCAUCACAAAGAUGUUACUGUGAUUUUAAUGUGUUGAUAUUUUUGCAAAGAAUAAUUUUAAUCACAAAAUAGUAAGUAUAUUUUAGUAUAUCCAGUGUUGUUGUGAAGUAAUUGGUGAUGGGUGUAAUGUAUUUUCAUGCACAAACACAAUUCUUGCAUUACAUGUAUAGAAGUGGAUUGAACAAAAAAUACACAACUGAAUAAUGCAACA